UGUGACAGUUGCAAGAUACCUGUAAAACUUUGAGUGCUUGCAUUUAGCAUUUUUGAGAACAUGGAAACAUUUCAAGAGAAACUUAAAAGAGAAUCAAGUAAAAUAAUACAAUGGCAAGUGAAAAAGGAUUUGCAGUUCAAGCAAAUGAAACAAAAAUUACAAGAACUUGAAGAAUUAGUAGAAAGACAAAGGAAAAGUCUAUUACAACAGCAAAUGAAUUGUGAAGAAGUGUCUCAGGAAUAUGCUAAUGAAGUGAAGCAUCAAGAGGAACUCAAAGAAAAAGUCCAGCACACCCUCAAAAUUUCUGGAAUACUGCAAGAAUAUUUUCAAAGUAUGAAUACCACUUUUGUGUCAUUUGAAAAAACUAGAGACAAUCUAGUUUCUCGAAAUGAUUCCAUUAAGGAGAAUUAUGAACAACUGAUAGAAAAAUUUAAUGUUUUACAUAGCAGACAUCUCAAUGAGGCAAACCACUACAGGAAACUCUUGAACAGUGAGAGAGAACAGCACACCAAAAAUGAAAAUCAGUGGCAGAUAGUGUGUAAUGCUUUUGAACAAAAACUCAAGGAAGCAGGUGAAAAAAUUCUUCAUAUGUGCUGUGAAAAAAAUGAAAAGGAGCAAACAUUAAAGGACACUAAGGUGGAAGUGCAACUACUUUCUGAACUGAAAGAACGUGCUUCAAAUGAAUUAGCUGGGGAACUGGUAAAGUUAAAAGAGUUGUUAAGCAAUUUUACAGUGGAAAAACAAUCUCUUUUAAAUGAAAUUGAUAAUCUGAGGAAGAUGUGUGAUGAUUACACUAACUUAAGGAAGGAAUUUGAAGCUUCAACACUGCAGUGUAAGAAACUAGAAACUGAUUUGUGUAACAUACUGGGCCAAAUACCAAUAGCUGAAGCACAAUAUAAUGAGACAAAAUGUUCACUAGAAGAGGCUGUUAUGAAAAGUAAGGAAGUGGUGAGUAAAGUCUCUGAAAUUUCUGCAGAAGUGGAACAAGCACAAUCUCAGGUUGAAGAAGAGCGCAAGACAAAAGAAAAGCUAGAAGAUGAUCUUGUAAAGAAAAGGAAUGUAUUGAACCAGAAAAUGACUGAUAUUGAGCUAUUGCAGAACAACAGUGCAACAGAAAUGUCAAAGCUAAGUGAGCUGCUGAAAUCAAAGGAAAAAAAUGUGAGCAGCAUUGAACUCCAGCUCAGUGAACACAUGGAACUUCAAAACCACAUUCAAAUGCAAAUCCAGGAGCUUAUGUCAAAAGUUAACGAAUGUGCAACAAAGGCUGCAGAACUGCAAGCUGCUAUAUCUGCUGGACUUGAGAAAUUGAACUCGAUGAAGGAAAUGAGUAACCAGCUUGAAAAAGUCACAGAAGCUCUCAGCCUCUCCACUCAGUCUGUAAACACAAAAACUGGCGAGAAAAGUGCUCUGAAGAGUGAGCUAGAAACAAGAAUAAAGGAUAUUGAACAAGCUAUUAAAAAUAAGGAGAUGGAUUGCAGUAGAAAUAUUAAGGACAUACUGUCAUCUAUGGAGGAGUACAAACAAUCAUAUAUCAGCAAGCUGUCAGAGUUUGAGGCAGAAAAGAAGAAGCUUUUGGAAAAGACAACUUGUUUAGAGAAAGACAACAGGGAACUUAUGAUGGAAAAAAAGAUAUGGGAAGAAAAAGUAAUAUAUCAUGAAAAUCUUGUAACAAAAAUUGAAUCCAGAAAACAAAUCUUAGAAAGUCAAGUUUUGCAACUGAAAGCUGAAAUUGAAAGUGAGAAGAGUAAAACAGCAAUAACUAACCUAAGCCCAGUUUCACAUGAGAAUAUUUCUGAGUCUAAGGACAUAGAUUCUGAUUCUCCAAAAAGUGUCAUAAGGCAAGAAAGAAGCAGCACACAGAAAAAAACUACAUUUGACAACUGGAGUGAUACUAGUGAAGAUUCCUGUUUGGACAUUGCUCUCUAUCAGGUAGAUAACGCAAAAAGAGAUGAAAAGCUGAAGACUUCGGAUAUCACAAAAACUGCACAGAGAUCUCAGCCAGCAUCUAGUAAGAAAACUCCAACAUGGGAAAGAACAAAAAUACCUGAAAAGUUUGGUGGACCAGAUGCAAUGGCGAGCCUUAAAAGUUCGUACACAGCCUUUAGUCAACCACUCCAAAGUGCUGGUACCAAGUUCUUCAGGCGAGGUCAAAGAACUGGAACAAAAUUUUAUGAAACCAAUAAGCAGGAUGUGUUCACAGCUUUGCAGGAUGAUUGAUUUUGUAUAUUCAUAGAUUCAAUCUAAGUUUUUAAUAAGUGUUAAAGUGGAUAUUCAGCUCAGUAUUAUUGUACUUAUGUUAUAACAUUAUUAAGUUAGUAACAAAUGACUUAGAUUUGUUUCUUGUAUUAAAAUACUAGUCUCUGUUAUUAUUA